CUUUUUAAUCCUAGUUUCUUCUUCUUCGGUUAACUCUCAUCUCUCUUGUAUAUUUACGUUAAACGUUCGAUACUAAACAUUUGCUUAUCAUCCGUACUUUCUCGAGGCAAUUUGUAAAUUUGCCGUUUCUAAUAUCACCUUCGUCGAUAUAUUCUAUGUUUCGAGUUCAUUUCACAAAAAUGUAUCUGCUCUCGAUUUCGUUGGUUUUCAGAGAAGCGUUUGAAAGAAUUACGAUCGCAGAAGAAUACCGACGAAUUUUAAUGCCAUUCACGAUACUUACCACUGGAAACUCUAUCACACCAUUAUAACCUUUUUACGAAUUCUCAUAAAGGCGAAGCCACCGUGACGUUUGACCAAUAGCAACGCUAAAAAGUCUCCAGCAGUCGUGAAACUACUAUAAAUUCUAUUAUAUACAUAAUCAAUUUGUACACGUUGAUUUUAUACACUUCGUACAUCGUUUAAAACGAAUGUUUAAAACGAAUGUAUAAACACUUUGUGUAAGAUUAAAGAUUUUAUAAGAUUAACGCUCGUUUCGAUGAGAACGAGCCGUAAAUCAAACUUUUACCACACACUUAUUACCUUAUUUCUUUGCAUUUUUUCAAACAGGUGUGAACGUGAUAGGCAGUGGAAUUUAAUUUCAUCGUGUAAAUUAAUCUUUCAUUGGGAAUGACUUAUAAACGUAAAAAAUAUCACAGGGGGGACACACAUUUAAAAAGAGGUUGGCGAACUAAAAGAAGAACGAAAGAUUUGGACGAGAUCGAUGAAGAUUUGAAUGACAAAAAUGCAGAGAGGCUAUUAAAUCAGAAAGUAGACUUGGAUAAACCCGGAGCAGGUCAAUACUACUGUAUUCAUUGCGCGAGAUACUUUAUAAAUGAUAUCGCUUUAAGCGAUCAUUUUACGACAAAAGUUCAUAAACGAAGACUGAAAGCUCUUGAACUGGAGCCGUAUUCCAUCGAGGAAUCGGAAAGGGCAGCUGGCAAAGGAAGUUAUAUCGCUCCACAAAAGAGAAAGAUCGAGACGAUAAGUCGUGACAGUUGCAAAAUGGACGUUGAGUCGGGUAUUCCACCAAAAACUAAAAUACCAAAAGUGGAUGCAUAGAAAUUAGCUUUUUUAUAAACGAAAUUUGUUUUCGAGAAAC